GAAACAUUUCUAUCGCCGCUUUUCGUUUAUAAACUUUUUAAAAUACAAUCUAAAAAAAGCAUUUCUAUUGGCGCAGACAAAAUUAACUUCUCUAGACAAAUAUUUUGUAAAAAUACGAUCGCGUCCAUGACGAAAAAGUAUACACCAAGCAAAAACUAUGAAUAUGCCUUUUUAACUGAAUAAAACCUGAAAGAAGCAAAUUAACUAUAAUAAAAGACUUUUGAAAAGAAAAAUAAUUAAAUUAUACUGGCUAUAAAAUCGUGGAGCUCGCGAAAAUAAUCAUGGGACACACGAUCCUUCAUGGAGAUAAUAAUAUUAGUGUGGUGGCCACGAUAGCAUGUUUGAAUGUUUGUUAUACAUAAAGACCAUAAUUUUAUUAUGGUUCGUGUGCACCACGCUCGUUACACGAACACGAUGAUAACAAACCUUUUCACAGUAUUGUAUGCUAUCGAACGUUAAAGCUCAUGCAGUGUAGCAUAAUGAAGAUCGUCUUAUAAUGCACCAUCUUUGAUGUUACGUCAUUUCUUUCUAUACAAUUUUGCAAGCACGUAGACUAAAGGUAUAUUCAGCAAAACUAAUUAAUUAUUCAUGAAUUUUAUUUUUAUUUAUUAAGUUGUGUUUUAACAUUGCAGGUUAGUUACAAUAAUAAUUGAGAAUACUCAAUGAUUUGUUUGCCCCAUAAUUCUCCGUUUUCAAGAUCAACUUCAAAUUUUAAAAUCUUUUAGGCUAAUGGCAAAAAUCUUCAAGCCCCUGGCCUUCAUGUUUAGGGAUUAAACUCAUACAUACAAGAGUCAAGCACUUACUGAAUUACUGUUACACAAAUGUUAAUGUUUGUCACCUGUGCAGUCAAAAUGAGUCGUAAAGAUGGAAAAGAUGAUUUAAAGAACAUGCUGAACUCAUUCCGGAUUGCCGAACUUCAAACUCUGUUAGCUUCUUGUGGUAGAUCGAGGUCUGGAAGAAAACACGAGCUACAUGGUCGUGCACUUAGCCUAUUAAGAUCGUCAGAAGGUUCUCCAUUACGUGAAAGAGUACGCUCAAAAAUUCUUGAACUAUACCAUCAGCGUUGUUCAACUAGCUAUGUCGGUUCUAGUAAUAGUGGCAGUAUUAGUAGCAGUAAUAUUCCUAACUCAUCAUAUGGUUCGUCUUAUCACUCAUACCCAAAUGAAAAAGAAGAUACUCCUCAGUAUAUGAAAAGACAUUAUAAACUUGUGCCACAACAAAGAUCGUCCAAUAAUUACCCUAUGCAAGAACCAAGGAUGCAUAUGUACGAACCACGCAGUAUACAUCCAGUUAAUGCUAUGCCAAUACACCCUGACGUUAGAUUUAUACCUCUACCAUUUUACGACAUCAUUGAUGUAUUGAUAAAACCUUCAAGUUUAGUUCAGAAGACAGUGACAGGUUUUCAAGAAACAACUUUAGUUUGUCAUCUUUCGCCAUACCAAACGCAACUCAUCACAAAUUCAAGAUCAUUUAACGUAAAAUCAAUGAUUGAAUACACAGUGCAAGUUCAACUUAGAUUUUGUCUUGCUGAGACGAGUUGUGUUCAAGAAGAUUUGUAUCCGCCGCGCUGUAAAAUUAUCGUAAAUAACAAAAGUUGCACUCUCCCGGGUCAACCACCACCAAAUGCACAGAAUCAGGAACCACGAAAACCACACAGACCUGUCAAUAUUACUCACCUUUGUCGUCUUUCGCCGAUGCAAUCGAAUCAAGUACAAAUACAAUGGAUGCCAUCUGAUUCUGGCCAGCGUUAUGCUGCCACCGUACACCUUGUAAAAACUGUUCCUGCAUCUACACUAAUACAGAACUUACAAAACAAACCUGAACGUUCUCCUGAUCACACUAUUGCAUUUAUUAAAGAAAAACUACGUCCUGAUCCUGACAGUGAAGUGGCUUUAACAAGCUUAAAAGUUUCAUUGUGCUGCCCUAUUGGUAGAACAAGAAUGACUAUGCCAUGUCGGGCAAACAACUGUAACCAUCUACAAUGUUUUGAUGGUUCUCUAUAUAUUCAAAUGAAUGAAAGGAAGCCAUCUUGGGUGUGUCCUGUGUGUGAUCAAAAGGCACAUUAUGACCAAUUAUUUAAAGAUGGAAUGUUUUCUAAUAUUAUUCAAAAAGCAUCUGGCUGUGACGAUAUUGUCUUUUUUGAAGAUGGGUCUUGGCGACCUCUUUCUGAUAUUCAGGAUAACUCAAAACCAUUGUCUCAAGUGGUAAAUACUCCGAGUAGAAAGCCAACCAACAUUGUUGACUGCAAAACACCGCCAUUAGAAACAGAUGUACCAACGGCAAGGGAUUUCCCUACACCGCCAGGCAUACCAAAACUUGAAAGAUGUUCAACCAGUACUGGUCCAUCAGAAAAAGAGAAAUCUUCUGAAGUUGAUGUUGAAGUUAUCACAAUAGACGAUUCAGACUCUGAGGAUGGUUUACCUAACACACCUUCACCAACUAUCAACGAACCUCCGAUACCUGCAAAUAUACGAUAUCCAAAUGUGCGUUAUCCAGAUCCAUCCUAUCCUAACCACCAACAACCAUCGUCACUAUCAUUCUCUGAUCCAGACCUCCAGGGACUUGAUUUGUACAACUUAUUACCACAUGAAGAUCGAAUCGCUGCAGCCAUGUAUUUGGAUCAAACUGGUAUUCUUAGUCAACUAAAUGCUCGCAAUAACCACACGUCACCUUCUGGUAGUGUAAUUGACAUCAGCGAUGAGUGACUCAGAUGAGAAUUAAGUCUUAUUUAUAUGUUUUGUUAAUUUAAACGCAAGUAGAGUUUCAGAGACAUAUCAUUGUAACUGAUUUGAUACCAGUAAUAAGUGUAUUGAAAAGAGAAUGAAAUAUGAUUUUACAGUAAUAUGCUUUGAAUAUUAAUUUUACAUCAUGAUUUAUAUACAUAACUGCUAGUU